AUUACAAUAACAUCGGUGUCAUUAGCCAUCCUUUAUUUUCGAUCAUUUCAUUUAAUUUAUUUUGUUAUUGGCGCCAUCUUGACUACAUUAGAAGCAAAAGUUCUAAAGCACAUCAUCAAGCAACCAAGGCCAGACUCAUAUAAACUGGACAAUAAAAAGAAGGCAUCGUAUGGUAUGCCUUCUUCACACUCCCAAGCAAUAAGUUUCUUUGCUGCCUAUUUCCAACUAGUCACCAUGUCCCCCACACUACCCGAGCAUUUCCGUCUGUUUGGAUUAUCUGCAAGCGCCUUAGCCGUUUUAUUGAGCACCUUUUCUCUUGGCGUCAUUUGGUCACGAGUACAGCUAGGACAUCAUACAAUCUCUCAAGUAAUGGUUGGUACAGUUUUAGGGACACUUUCUGCCUUGGUAUGGUUUCGCCUUUGGCAAGUCUAUUUUUCUCGAUAA